UCGAACCUCGUCUCCGACGCCAUUCGCCCAUUCCCAGCCUUUAAUCAAACCGGCUUACAGUCUUAGUGAAAAUUUGGACAAUAAUUAACUGUUUUCCUCUGCUGUGUUUCUUCUUAUUGUCGUACAAAAGCUAACAAUCACACGUUAAUCAUGGGAGAAGACAAAGAUGAUCGUAAAGUUGACAGGGAGAGAGAUCGUGACCGUUCCAGAGAUAAGGAAAAGGACAAGGAAAGAGACAAGGAUAGGGAAAGAGAUAGAGACAGGGAUCGUAGACGGUCCAGGUCUCGUGACAGAAAGAGAAGGUCUAAAUCUAAGGAAAAGGAGAAGGAGAAGAAGCGUAGCAAGUCCCGUGAACGUGAACGCAAAAGGAGUCGUUCUCCUGUUAAAAAGCAGCGCCGAAGAAAGCCGUCUAUUUACUGGGAUAUUCCUCCUAUUGGUUUCGAACACAUCACACCCAUGCAAUACAAAGCAAUGCAAGCUGCCGGACAAAUUCCAGCUAACAUAAUGACGGAAGUAGCCCCACAAGUCCAAGUACCAGUAGUGGGUAACACAAUCACUCGUCAAGCCAGGAGACUCUAUGUUGGGAAUAUUCCUUUUGGAGUUUCUGAUGUACGCGCAGCGGAGGAGGAAAUGAUGGAUUUCUUCAAUCAACAGAUGCAUUUGUCUGGUCUGUCUCAAGCUCCAGGUCAUCCCAUUUUAGCUUGUCAAAUUAAUCUGGAUAAGAAUUUUGCAUUCUUGGAGUUUCGGUCAAUUGAUGAAACUUCCCAGGCCAUGGCUUUUGACGGUAUUAACUUUAAAGGUCAAACUCUAAAAAUCCGCAGACCCCAUGAUUAUCAUCCAACACCUGGUGGUGGCGGCGGAGGAGGAGGAGGUGGUGGUCCCGAAACAACGCCCGGCAUGAGUUCUGGUGGUAUAACUGAAAAGAGGGCUGGAGGUGGAGGUGGUGGAGGAGGAGGAGGCACAAUGAGCACGAUCGUCCCGGAUACACCCCACAAAUUGUUCAUCGGUGGACUUCCAAAUUACUUAAACGAAGAACAAGUAAAGGAAUUGCUGAUGUCUUUUGGACAACUUCGAGCCUUUAACUUAGUUAAAGAUACGGCUACUGGCUUAUCCAAGGGAUACGCUUUCUGCGAGUAUGCCGACGUCACCGUCACCGAUCAAGCUAUUUCCGGAUUGAACGGUAUGCAGUUGGGAGACAAAAAGAUCAUCAUCCAGCGAGCCAGUGUUGGAGCCAAAAACGCCGCUGCUUACGCCCAGAUGCCAGUCCAGAUUCAAGUACCAGGAUUCAAUCUUGCUGCCGGUCCUGGCCAACCGACAGAGGUUUUAUGUCUGCUGAACAUGGUGACACCCGAGGAAUUGAGGGACGACGAGGAAUAUGAGGAAAUUGUGGACGAUAUUCGUGAGGAAUGCAAUCGUCAUGGAGCCGUACGUUCAGUCGAAAUCCCCAGGCCGUUGGAGGGUGUCGAUGAUGUACCGGGAGUUGGCAAGGUCUUCGUCGAGUUUAUUUCGGUGAGUGACUGCGUUAAAGCCCAGCAGGCGCUGACAGGUCGCAAGUUCGCCAAUCGUAUCGUCGUUACGUCAUUUUACGAACCGGAACGCUAUCACCGACGGGACUUCUAAGCCAUGACGGCUUCUGUCAUCAGACAAAAAGUAAUCCGCAAGAUAUGCCCCUUCUUUUUUUUUUUUUUACUUUGAUGAAACAAAUAACGUCAUGACGAACCGACGCUUGAUGAGAAUAAACGGCCUGAUGCGUACGGGAUUUCCCUUGAUGAAUUUGAUUUUCUUUUUCUUCCGUUUUUUUUUUUGUCAUUUCUAAAUGGGUUUUUCGAUAUUUUGCAUCAAGUUUGUGUUGUCCAACCUCUUUGUUUGGCGUGUCGGUGAAAAAAAACAAUAACAUGUGUAGUAAUGUAUAACCAAACCAUAUUUCCCAAUACACAAAUGUGCGGUGAACAUCAAACUGCCACAUUAUUCCAUUUUC